GGCAAGUGUGACGAAAAGAAAAACCGAGUGACGACGCGUAAUUGUGAAGCGCGUGAAACGAGUGAUCAGCGAACUCGGGCACUCUGCAUUGAGAAUUUUCAAAGGAAAGCCUAACGGAAUUUUCCGAAAAAACUAGACACUGCAGGUCGUAGUUAUGGAGCAGCAUAUGAAGUAAUUAGGAGGCGCACUUAAAUCCCCCAUAAACGUCAAACGACAAACAUUUUCGCGGAAGAACAACUGCAAGGCACUGCCAUCGACGUUUUCCAGGCAACAUGUUGCCGAGCGACAGCAGCAGCGGCGAAAGCAACAUCAACAUCAACUGAUGGCAGCGCAACACCAACGGACAGCAGCAACAUUCGAGCAUUCAGUCGCAAUUCUGACGAUUGCGUGACGCGUUCGCAUCGCGGCGAUGAAAGAGACAGGACAUCUCGCGAGGAAAGAGAUCGAAAUAGUGGCGGGCAUAAAGUUUGAGUUCGAUGUGCAAAGUAUAAAUGAAAAUACACCAACAACUAAUCGAAAUACGUAAUAAAGUGCGUGCCAACAUUCUGAGGAAUAUUUGAAAAAUAAAUUCGUAUAAAUUACCAACGAAUCCCGGACACAAACGGUCUGUCUCUGGGAAUAAAAUAAAUUAGCAUAAUUUAGCAAGGACUUGCCGAGACAAGCAGACAUUCGUUUCGCACUUAAUUAGUGUCCGAGCGCGUUGACAAUGUGGCAGACACUAUCAACUUUUAGCACAUCACUCAGAGCAGCAGCAGCAACGUGCAACUGUAGCUGCAAGCUGGAAAACGCGGAAAUGCACAGUCACAUGUUGCCAUCAGCAGACAUUGCGACAACGGCAGUGCGUAGGUGUUGCUGUCGCACAAGAAUCACCCGCAGCAGCAGAAGCAGCAACAGCAGCAGCAACAGCAACUAUAGUUGCAACUAUGGCAGCAACGUGAUGCAGUGGCUACUGCUACUGUGCCUUUUCUGUGAUUUUGGCCAGGCCGCGCUGCGUGACGUAAAUCUGCUGGUGGAGCCUCCGGCGGUGCGAAGGGGUCAGUCUGUGGCCCUGCGGUGCGAUUACCAAUUGGUGGAGGCGCCCCUGUAUUCCAUUAAGUUUUACCGCGGCCAGAUGGAAUUCUACCGCUACACACCCGGCGAGUAUCCGCCCACGAAGGUCUUUCAGUUCCCCGGCAUCAGAGUGGACGAGAACGGCUCGAAUGCCACCACGGUGCUCAUCCGCAACGUUAGCUUCGGCCUGUCCGGACAAUUCAGCUGCGAGGUUACGGCGGAUGCCCCGCUCUAUUCCACGGCCACAGCCUUCGCCCAGAUGCAAGUUGUGGAAUUUCCGGAAAAGCGACCGCAGCUUUUUACGGAACACACGCGAUACGAACCAGGAGAUGUUUUGCGUGCGAACUGCAGUACUUUGCCAUCUCGUCCUCGAGCUGAUCUUCGUUUCACCAUUAACAAUAUUCCCGUCAGCACGGAGGAAACGCAGUACAUUCGAACGGUUGACAGCCUGAUUGCAUCCCGGCUCAGUCUGAAGCUGCAGCUGCAGGCGACUCACUUUGUGGCUGGGCUCAGUGCCCAUGGAAAUGGGAAUGGGAAUGGUAAUGGCAAUGGAAAUGGCAACGGCAAUGGCCUGGCGAACGCACUGCACCUGGGUGGCAGCGGCGGCAGCGGAGGCGCUGGAAGCGGAGGACUCAUCCUGCGUUGUACGGCGCAAAUUGGCGAUCUCUAUCAGGAGUACAAGGAAAUCGAGCUGGGCACACCGCAAAAGGAUCCGGUGCCGGCCAGAGUGACGCUGUCAUCGGGAACCGGACUCCGUGGCUUCUUGGAGACCUAUUUCGCCACAUCUUCGGGCCGCAGCAAUUGGCGGGGAUCGGCGGGGGUCGUGGCCAUCUUCCUGCCCACCGUGUUGGCCCAACUAAUUACUGGUAGCUAAAUCGGGGGCCAGUCGGCUGGAAUGGGAGUACAUGGACAUGGAAUGCGAACGUGUGUCGGCUUAUCGAGCUGCGAUGGAAAUUAGGGAGCCCUCGGCCGUAAACUGCAUUAUUUAUCUGUAUCGAAUGCAAUUUAAAUUUAUACACAUGCAGGAGAUGUCCGUGUGAUUCCCGGUUAAGACCACACAUGCACACCCAAACCCUACGUAACUGUAAAUAUUUGCUUUAAUGAUGUGAACGGAUACACUUAAAUGAACUCGCACUCACACUCACGCGCUUACAUACACAGAAACACGCGACUAAUUGUUAAUUAAUGGAUUAUUUAAUGAUGCAUAAAAUAUUGGAUAAAAUAUUAAUGUUUCAUUUGCAUUUAGCUUCAACCCAAGCGAAUAUCAACUUAAUGUUUAAGUAAUUUAAAAAAUGUAAAUCGUUGAAACGAUAGAAAUAUGAAAUACAGAAAAGUGUAAGCAACAAAAAUGAAAUGCCAAUGCCAAGACAAAACCAAAACCAAAAAAAAAAACAUUCAAACCAGAA